GGGGGCAGGAUAUUCGCUGUAGCUUUGUCUCCCGUAUCGUCACUGUCUACAGUAGCUUAGAAUUAUUUUACCAUAAUAAAUAACAUUUUAGCUAAUUUAGCUAACGAUAAAAAAUGCUUCAGUCGCUAGCCAGCAAUUCUUGCGUGCGUUUGAUACAGAAUCACAAAUCAACGUGGUAUUUCGUAUCUUUAAUUUUGGGCUAUCUCCUUUAUCUCGUAUUCGGCGCCGUCGUCUUCUCGUCGGUCGAGCUGCCGUAUGAAGACCAACUGCGUCAGGAGCUGAGGGCCGUUAAAAAGCAGUUCCUGGUGGACAAUGAUUGUCUGUCCGAGGAGCGACUGGAGCGGUUUUUAAAGAAAGCCUUAGAAGCCAGUAAUUAUGGGGUUUCUAUUCUGAAUAACGCCUCGGCUAACUGGAACUGGGACUUCACCUCCGCACUGUUUUUCGCCAGCACGGUGCUGUCCACCACAGGAUAUGGUCACACAGCACCUUUAUCCGACGGCGGCAAGGCCUUCUGCAUUAUUUACUCCAUGAUCGGCAUCCCCUUCACCCUCCUCUUCCUCACCGCCGUGGUCCAAAGGAUCAUGGUGUUUAGCACACGGAGGCCCAUCACUUACAUCCACACGCGAUGGGGUUUCUCCAAACAGCUUGUGGGCAUCGUUCACGCCACCCUGCUGGGCAUUUUGGCCGUCUCCUGCUUCUUCCUCAUCCCGGCUGCCAUCUUCUCUGCAUUGGAGGAGAACUGGAACUUCCUGGAGUCCUUUUACUUCUGUUUCAUUUCGCUCAGCACCAUUGGCCUUGGAGACUACGUACCCGGAGAAGCGGCCAAUCAAAAGUUCAGGGAGCUGUAUAAAGUGGGCAUCACUGUCUACCUCAUCCUGGGGCUGAUCGUCAUGCUGGUGGUGCUGGAGACCUUCUGCGAGCUGCAGCAGCUGAAGCAGCUCAGGAAGAUGUUCUACCUGAAGAAGGAGAAGCCGCAGGACCGCAUGGCCAUUCUGGAGCACGACCACCUCUCCUUCACCACCGUGUCUGACAAUGCCGUCACCAAGAGUGUGGACAAAACCAAGACGUUUGUUGGCGUCCCGACUCUUACCUCCCCUAACGAUGACCCAAUGAUCCAGUAAAGAACGCUCGAAGUGUAAAAGAGGGGAAUAAGAAUGAAGGGUGGAAGUUAGGAUGAGGAAAAACCCAUCAAAGCUUUAGGCAAACUUAAGAUAAAAUCAGUUCAAUUACACAGAUCAAGCAAGCAGCACCAACUUUUAACCCACAAACCUGACAAUGGUGAUGGGGUUAAGCAGCAGAGACAUAAUCUACAUAAUAAAGGAGAAAUUAAUAUUUUAACAAUGCCCAUAAAUACAAAGGCAGCGAUAAAAGGAGAAUCCUCUGCUGUAUUUAUGAAUCACUAAAUCUAAGCGCCUUUUAAAGCUACAUUAUUUAUGGCACACUUGGGAAUAUUUGAUAAAAGAUUAAUCUCUUAUAUCUAAAUUAGGACAUAAGUUGAGUUAUAUCUUUAAAAUAGAGUUUCUAGACUCAAGUUUUUGUACAUAAUCGGGUGGAUGUUUCAAACGUACGAAGUGAGAGUGGAAACUUAAACUGAUACUGUAUCUAAAAAUAUCACUCCAUCAUGGCCUGUUUUAGUUUUUUUUUUUUUUUGGGGCAUUUUUUUUUUCUUACACCUUCAGCUGCAGAGCUUAACAGGCCUUUUAUCGAUGUCAGUAUUUAUUUAAUUAUUGAGUUUUAUUUUGAAAGAAAAUAAAAGCGUGUUGCACAAUUGAUUACGAAGGUUACAUAAGGACAGGGUUAUCAAUUUUAUUUCCAUUUAAUUUGCUGUUGAUUAACAAAUAGAACAUGUUUUUAAAAAGUAAUUUAUAGAGCUGCUGUGUAAGAUUAUCGUAUGUUCUCUUCAUAUUUCAUACAUUUCUGGAUCUUCUUUACUGUGGUGUUAACUUCUCCUGGUUGCACUAUGUGUUGUCAUUGUGAGGGAACAAAAAGAUUGCUUACAUUUGUUUAACCUCAACUGGUUGAGGCCCUCCCCUCAAAGCUGUCCACGUGUAAAGCCUGCAGGUUAUUGAUCCGUCCCAAUGGUUGAAUGAGUGUUUUGGAUAAAAGGGAAGUGAGGUUAGUUAAAAACAUGAAGGAAAUUUAAACAAAAGGGAUUUAAACUGUAGAUUUGACUGUAUUUAUAACGAUUGAAUGUGGAAAUGUUUGUUUUUGGUUUUGACUUGAAAAACGUUUACAGAUUGCUUUGAAUGACAGAGAUACUGUACCAGGAAAACUUGAAAUCCAUCUCCGGCUACAGUUCCUGUGAUUUGCUGCAGCAGUUUUGCAUCCAUGCAUCUCAUAACAAAGCCAGUUAUUUUGCUGCUUAUGCUGUUUGGAAGAUUAGCACAAAAACAUCCAUCUACAGAGUUUCAAGGCUUUCUAAGCCUUGGAGAGAAUUUUUGUGUCAUCUCACAUUAGGGCUGCAUCAAUCCCUUUUUUUUAAGCGCUUGAAUGUAUUCAAUGUACUGUUUUUUUUCCUCUAUGUAAAGCAUUGUUUUAGUUUUAUUGGAAUGUUUAGGAUUUUUUUCUACUGCCUAGCUUAGUAAUAAUUGGAAUUUUCCGCCUUUAAGUGAAUUAUAUCACCUUUAAGACAGUAAUGAAUUAAAAUGAGUUAUUGUUUCUCACAGAUU